AUGUAUUUGGAAAACGAAAUCUUCAAAGCUGUUCUAAAUGCUGUCUGGCUGAUUUAUGUAAUGAUGAAUGCGGUGAUAUGACCCAUCCUCCUUCCACGCCAGGUUCCUUAUUGGUAUCGACAACAACACUUACACCAUCAAGUACUCAAGUACCAAGAUCAAUGGGUAGUAGAGGUGAGGAGUUUCUGAUCUUAUUUAUGAAAAAUCAUCUUUUAGCGAUGGGGAACUUGAGUGUUUACAUAACGACAGACAAUGAAACAACAAUUAAAAUAUUUACAUCUCCUCGUUUGAAUGCAAACAUUAAAUCGGUUAUUAAUUUUACGUCCAGCUUAACGCUAGGUCUCCCUAUAGACCUUGUUUGUGAAUAUUUUACUGUUGAACCUAAAGGUUUAAUACUACAGACCUCUGAAUUAUCAUCUAUAACAAUCUUUGAUCGUUUUGGUAUGGACACAAAUGAUGGGACACUUAUAAUUCCAACAAGGAAACUCUCGAACAAAUAUAUUAUUUCUUCAACUGACCCAUAUACUACGGAAAGUUAUUACUAUAGUCAGUUUGCUAUAGGUGCACUCUAUAACAGGACAUUUGUAGAGAUAACAUUCAAAUUUAAGGACAACACUCCUCUCACUAUACAGGGUAAAUCAUACAGAGACGGAGAUGUUUUCAACGUGAUGUUAGAAAGAUUUGAUACAUUACAAAUUGCGCAUACCACAGAUCUCUCCGGCUCCUUCAUAACGUCCAACAAACCUGUCACAGUUUUCUCUGGAAAUAGAUGUCAGCGUUUGAAAUAUGGUUGCAGUCACAUGGUAACACAACUUCCUCCGACAACCGAAAUAGAUACUAAAUAUAUUAUACCUCCUUUCUACACCAAUGACGGGACUUUAAUUCAAGUACUUAGUGAGAAUGGUAGUUCAGUUAACUCAAGUGUUGGAAGCAGCGUUUCAAACUUUCAUUUAAAUGAAAAAGGAUACAAGAAUAUUGAAGUAACUUCAAAUGUGACAACAGUUAUAGAAUCAGAUCAACCUGUCCUUGUUACUGCUUUCGGAAUGGGUAAUAAGUCCAGUAAUUAUCAUCCGUACAUGACGGUCGUACCAGGAAUCCACCAGUAUCUCGAUUACUACAAGGUAGCUGUACCAGCAGGAUAUGCAGAAAAUUUUAUCUGCUUGAUUGUUCCAUCGCAAUCUCUGAACAACCUACGCAUUAACGGAUUUUCUGUAUAUCAUUACACCGUUGUAUAUCAGAGCGCAUUGACAUUAGCAAAAUCGUUCAGUGUUCGUACCUUAAAAGUCCAAAGUGGAACUAUUGUUUUGUCAACAUCUGAUGCAUCACAAUUUGGACUUAUUGUUUAUGGUCAUCGGAUUGCUGAUGGUUACGGUUUUGCGGGAAAUUUUGUCCUCCCAUAAACGUUAAAAAAUGAAUUCAAAGUGUUUACUUUGUUAGUGAAUAUUAAUAUUGUAUUUGACAUGAAUAUUAAUUCAAUAUAAGCGU